AUGGAGCUCCUCCAAGGUUUUAUACAACCUCCAAAGGUUCAAUCGGUUGAGGAGACCAUUCCGACGUUAUGUGACAGGGUCGAAAAUGCCACGCUCAUUAGCGACAGACGGUCGGCAGUUUUAGGACUAAAAGCUUUUAGCAGAGGUUACCGAGAAACGGUCAUUGCUGCGGGCUUAAAACCUUUGAUAAACACUUUGAAGCGUGAUUCAGUAGAUGAGGAUUCGGUAAAAGCUAUUUUGGAAACGCUACUUAUCCUCUUUAUUCGAGGAGAAGGUAGCGAUGAUCUCACGCGUAAUUGGAUUUCCCAACAUUCACGUAUUCAAAACAGCAAAUACCCCUCACCACUACUCAUGAAACAAGAACAUGAGGUUGUUGACCAAUUCUCCCUUUGGAUAUCCGAUGCUUUGACACAAACGGAUGAGAUUGUUCAUCUGUUCUUCCAGUUUUUGGAGUUCGGAAAUUUCCAUAUAACACUAUACACAAUCCAGCUACUGGAGGCAGUCAUUGCAAGCAGGCCUACCAGGACUCGGGAAGCUAUAGUAUCACUUCCUACUGGUAUUUCGACGCUGGUUGGUCUUUUAGAUGAUAUACAUGAUCCAAUCAGAGAUGAAGCGAUUCUACUUUUAAUGGCUCUAGCUAAUGACAGCUCUCACAUUCAGAAACUAGUAGCCUUUGAGAACAUAUUUGAUAAGUUAUUCGACAUCAUAGAGGAAGAAGGUGGACUCAGAGGAUCUUUAGUUGUCAGUGAUUGUCUGUCACUAAUUAUCGAUAUUCUCAAAUAUAACUCCUCUAAUCAGUCGCUUUUCCUUGAGACUGGAAAUUUGCCUAAAAUCGGAAAGGUACUCAAUGAGCCAAUUUCGGACACUGAUGAUUUCUUUUGGAAUGACCAACGAGUUGCAAACAUAAAGACAGCUCUAGAGAUUGUUAGAAUAACAGUGGAACCGGGUAAUACUACUACACCACAACACCAAGAGGCAUUAUUGAAUUCACACAUUCUUAUGAUUGUACUGAAACUGGCUUUCUUUCAGGGAACACCGAACCCCGUCAGACCAAUGGCUCUACUAACGGCUUCUGAUGUGAUUAGGGAAAACUCUCAAGUUCAAAUGGAGUUCAGAAAAAUAGAUGUUCCAUUUUUUGACCCUAGUUUGUUAUCAAAGCAAUCUGCAGACAAUCCUGUAAUCAUUCCUGUUCUGGAUAUUCUUCUGAGUUGGUGCUUGUUUGCAAACUCCGUCCAUACGUUUGACAUAAGGGUUGCAUCUUCUGAAUUAUUAAAAGCUUCUAUGGGCAAAAAUCAUGAUAUAAAACUUCUUUUCCUGAAGAAUCAAAUAUCACAAUUCAAAGAAAUGAACAACGAAGCAGCUGAACAAACAUUCAUAUCACCCAACAUCUUUAGUGUCAUGCUUGAAUAUGAUCCCGAUUUAAAGUUAAACCCUUACAAGUUGUUUUUUACCACUGAUUUGUUUAUGUAUCUUUUUAAAGACGAGGAAACACACGAGUUGAGAGAUCUGGCCCGAGAAGUUAGCACGGGUAAUGACUCAACUGAUGAGGAGCCACUGAACGCCAUACAAAACAUUUCUGAACUUUUAUUGACUUCGUUAUCUCUCGAGGAUCCACGCAUUCCUGUAUCUUAUCUUUCUCUUUUGAUAAUAUGGUUGUAUGAAGAUUGUGAAGCGGUCAACGACUUUCUGGAAGAUGAAGCUAUUAUUAAGUCGUUACUAGCUUAUUCGUCACAAAUACAAGAAGAUGACAGAACUGUUAAAUGUCUUAUUUCAAUUCUCUUGGGUGUGGCUUACGAGUUUUCAACUAGUGGCUCUCCACUUCGCAGGCGUGAUUUUUAUGAGUUAAUGACUAAAAGUUUGGGCCAAGAUAAUUACUCAUCCCGAGUCAAACAGUUCAAAGAGAAUUCUCUUUUCUUAGAAGCCAGCGAACAGGAAGAUGACAUGUUUAACUACAAAAUUGACGAUACUGGUCUCCCACGAACAUAUUUCAGCGUAUAUUUUACGCACCUUUUCAGAAAUAACUAUUAUCGUAUAAAAACUGCUCUUAGCCGCGGACCCGAUACACAGCAAAGUGGAAAGAUAACUUUCGAAGCAUUUGAUGAAUUGCGAUCUGAAGCUACUCUACUAAGAGAUGAGUUAAAAAACUCUGAGGUCAAGUACACGGAAACAAUUCGUGAGCUAGAUGACAAACUCAAGAAUCUCUCUAAAAUACACGACGAGCUGGAGACAGCGAAUGCCACAUUAAGAGCUGAAAUCGCAGAAUUGACAGAAAACCAGGGGAAUGUAUCCGAAGAACUCGAAAAGAACAAUAAAGCAUUAGAAGUGGUUAAUGCAGAAAAAGAAAAAUUGACCGUUCUAAAGGGCGAGCAAGAAGCAAAAAUUCGAGAGUUAGAAGCACUCAUAUCAACUACAAAUUCGCGUCUCGAAAAGCUAGAAAGAGACCUCAAUAAUAUAACAUCAGAGAAGGAAAAAGCAGAGGAUGGAAUAAACAAAAUGAAUCGUGAACUUUUCAGUUUGACGAAAAGUAAUCAAAACUUGGAAAAUGAACUUAAUAGAAUAAAAAAAGAAACGGACAAAUCAGCCGAACUUCAGAAGAAGGAGAUCUCAAAACUCAUGAGCUCGACUCGUGAAAAGAAUGAAACAAUUUCUAAACUUGAAGUUGCAAUGAAAAAUUGUGAGGAUGAAAAAAAAAAGUUGAUUAAAGAAGACAUGUCAAAAACACAGCACAUAACAGAUCUCAAGUCAAGGAUACAGAGCCAGGAGGACCUACUUUCCAAAUUAACAGAGAAACUGAAGUCAUUGGCUGACAAUUACAAGUCGUUAGAAUUAGAAAAGGCUGCCGUCACCGAAAAAUUUGAAAAUCAAGCUAUUAUUUCAGAUGAAAAAGUUUCUACCUUACAAGGCCAAGUCGAUGAUCUCUUGAAAGCCAAAUCCGAAGCUAAGGAGAGGGAAUCCAGGUUAGAAUCACAGUUGAAACGCUUAGAAGCCGAAAUGGAAGAAAAGGACCACUCACUGGAAAAAAUGACAGCUGAAAUGGACAUUUUCAAGACAGAGGCAUCAAAGCUAAAUCUUGAAGUUGAGAGGCUUCAAUCGCUAAACAGUGACUAUAAACUCCAACUCGAAGAAGUACAAGAAUCAAUGCAACUGUCACAAAAAAAGAUGGAUGAACUCAAGAUUGAUGCGGAGCAAAAGGAAACCCAAUUCCAGAAUAGAGAGAAGUCACUGAUCAUAGAAUUACAAAUGGCUAAAGAUGAACACGAUUCUAUCAUCAAAACCCUCACAAAUUCAGAAGAAAAGAUUGGACAAUUGGAGGACAGUGCUCUUGAAAAGACUGAAGAGUAUGAAAAAACAGUGAAAGAUCUCGAAUCUGAAAUUGAGGCGUUGAAAACAGCAAAUAGUGAUCUGAAAGACGAAAAAUUAGUGAUUAAAAAUGAACGCACACAGAUGGAAUCUGAGCAAAUUCAGCUAAAAGCAGAUUUAAAGAAGCUGGAAGAUGCUAACUUUACUAACAAAGCCAAGAACGAGGAAUUAUCUAAAGAUUUGAAAACAGCUAAUGAUAAAUAUUCCGGCGUAGAAUUGCGAACGAAAGAAUUACAAGGAAAGAUUGAACAUUUACAGAUUGACAUCAAUGAAAAGUGCACAGUAAUAAGUGAUUAUGAACGGAGAAUCAAACAACUGGAAGAAAAGUGCCAACAGGCUGCAGAGGAAAAAGAAAGACUUAAUGCCUCUCACUUGAGUGAAUUGACAAGCGUAAAUGAAGAAGUCGAUAAAUUAAAAAAACAAUUAAAGCAGAAAAUGUUGGAAUUUGAAAAGGAAAGGAAACUCAUGAAUGAAGACUCUUCAGUUAUCAAUCAAGGCUAUUCCGAGAAAGUUUCUAUUUUGGAAGAAAAGUUGGAGAAAACAGAACAGGAGAACGCUUCCAAAAUAUCCUCACUUGAAAAGCAAAAGGUAGCACUUGAAAAUCGUAUUUAUGAGAUUGAUGCGGCCACAUCUCGCCAGAACGAGGAAAUCAAAUCAAUAAAGCUUGCUGAGGAAAAUGUGAGACAUGAACUUGCACAUGCAGAGAGUCAAUAUAAGAAGAAAGAGGACAAAUUUUCGGAAACAAGAAAAAUCCUCGAAGAAAAAGCGAGCUCUGCACAAAAGGAAAUAUUAGAAAUUAAUCAAACAAAAAGCUCAUUGGAAGAGAAAAUAAGUCUGCAAGAAAAUGAAAUAGCAAAUUUAUCCUCCAAAUUGAAUGAAACAUCCACUAAAUUACAAGAGUCAUUGAAAGAGAUCCAGUCUCUUGCUGUACAACGAGAACAGCAAGAAGAGACAUUAAAAAAAAGGAUCGAGGCAGUUGAAAAUUCCCUACUAAGUAGUGAAGACGAGAAAAAAGACUUGAUGGAAAAGAUAAAGGAUUCUAAUCAACAGUUGAUUUUAAAGAACAAAGAAAUAAGUACUGUUGAGGCUAAAUAUGAAGAGUUUAACCUGGUGCAAAAAAAAUUUGAAGAUCUCUUAACCAAAGCUGAAAUCCUAGAGACGGAAAAUAGAGCAUACAAUGAACGAGAAAAAGAAGCCGAGAAAGAGAAAGCUCAGCUAUCUGAAACUAUUGUUCAUUUAUCAAAUGAUAAAGAAAAGCUACAGCAAAAUCUCGAAAAUUCCCAAAAUGAGGUUGGACUGCUUAAAAGUUCGGUAAACAGUCAAGAAAGUUCUACUGAUGAAACGAAGGAACUUGAAGCAACUAUUUCGCAGCUCAGAGCGGAUCUUAAUAAAUGGAAGUCGAAAGCAGAAGACAGGUCUGAAAUAGACGAUUUGAUGUUACUUGUUACAGAUUUGGAUGAGAAGAACAGUAAAUACCGUCAAAUGCUUAAAGAUGCUGGUGUUGAAAUGUCCUCUGACGACGAAGAGGAUACUGAUAAGGAUGAAACUGAUAGGAGCGAUGAAGAGACGGACGAUGAUGCAUAG